UGUGGAGGAGAUGUGGACAAUGUAGGCGCUUGUUUGGACAGUUUCGCUGUUAUCUUCGUUUGUCUGUCGCCUGACCCGCAACUCUCCCCUAAUUCACUUCGAAUUUAACUGAAAGCCACUUUAAAUUCGUUUUCAGAUCCAGGAACAGACUCAGCGAUGAACUCUGGAAGCGGACGAGAACAUUUCACUUGGACGCUUUGAGCAUUUCCAGCGAUGGAAAAGCAGAAAGUGCUGGCUCGGCUGGUUUCAGACCUGCAGGCGUUCUUGCUGGUUCUGGACAGUGAGAAUCUCAGUUAUAUCGCUCAGGCCCAGAAAAAAUCCAUCUCAGAGCUGCUAAAUAAACUGCAGGACAAUAAGGAUGCACCAGUAGAGGAUGCGGAGUACAUGAUUAUGAACUGUCCCUCUGGAGGCCCCAGUGAUCUCAGGGAAAGCACCACUGCUGAGGCUCAUUCGACAGAGGAAACUCUUUCAGUCAGCUCUACUGACCUCCUGCAGCCCGGGUCUAUGAGUCCUGCUGUUCCCCCGCAUGCCCCGUGUUUAGAAGACGAGGACUGUUACGAGGAGGCAGAACCGUUUGUCCCGGCCAGUCAGUCUACAGAUAAAGUGGAUUCAGACAGCAGUCACUACGAGUCGUAUGGCGAAGAGGAUGAUGAGGAUUUUGUGAAGGACAGAGCUCACUACAUCCAGUGGAGCUCCUCUCAACCCUGUUUACGACCCGUGCCAGAGUCACGCAUCUGCGGAUACCUCUGGAAGAAGAAGUGGCUGGGUCAGUGGACGCGCCAGUUUUUCAUUAUUAAGCACAACUCACUACUGUGUUUUAAGUGUGCUAAAGACCUGCACCCUCUGCUGGAGCUAAACCUCACAGGUUGUUACGUGGUCUACAAAUCCAAUCACAGUAAGAAGAUGCAGCACGAGCUGAAGGUGGUGGCCGGUGCCGAAACGGUUAUCUUGGGCUUCCAGAGCAGCACGCAGGCCGAAGAGUGGAGGAAGAUAAUAGAAGAAGUGAGCGGCUCCUCUUAUUAUGAGCCUGAAUCGCAAAGCUCUUCAUCCAUCCUGAGGAGCGAAAGGCUGGACUCUUGCAGGUCAAGUACUGUCCUCCAUACGGACUCGGAUGAAGAGAAAAUCUCAAGUCUUCCGUCUGCAGUUAGCAGUGUGGAAAUCAAAGACAAAGACAUAGCGGGCUUCCUGAACGUGCUGAUGAACUGUCAGUGGCAGAGUCUGUGGUGUCGGGUGGAGGCCGGGGUUCUGAAGAUGUAUCGGGACGAGGCGUCAGAAGAGACCCCUCAAUACACGGUUCAGCUCAGAGGGAGUGAGGUGCGACCCGGCCCGGAUACAGCACAUGCUUACCGCAUUACCAUCACACAGCACGGGGACCAGAUGGCUGUACUAGAGGCGAGUUGCGCAGAUGAUAAAGAGCAGUGGGUUCAGCUCCUGCAGGAUGGGAGUUCUCCAUAUCAACACACCAGCCACGAGUCACUGAGUGGUCUGAAAAGCCACAGGUGUCCCACCUCAAACAUGUACAUGGAUGACCCCUUUCAGCAGCUGUGUGGUCCAUCAGUCCACUCGCAGCCCAUCUAUUCAAACUCCUCUAUACUGGAGCACAUGUUUGAGAAACCUUACACUGGUGGAAACGGAGAAUUGGUGUCAUCCAAGGAUUCUGCCAGCUACAGCAAUAAUGAAAUCUUCAGCAACCACAGUACAAAACUGUUUGAGAUUGAGAGGGGUGUGCAGAAGCUGGACCUGACAGGAAAAAGACGAGUGCAGUUGCGAGCGGGGUCAGAGGUCAACCUCGUGAGCGUGGGGACGAAGCCAGCCAAACGGUAUUCCUUCAGACGCUCCCUCGCUUUCUGCACCGAGCGAGCACAGGGGGGCUUUCUGACCCCACUCUUGAGAAGAACUGCCUCGGCAAAAAGCACCCUAAAGAAAGCUCCAUCUGCCCUGUUUAUGGAGCAUGGCAGGGUCUUCCAGAGGAGGACGGAGUGGGAAACCAAAGCUUCAGGUUGACAUCAAGAGAAGACUCUCCCACAUUCCCCUCAUAUUGUCAAUAUAAUAUUGCACUGAAAAUAAUAUUCUUUCCAAGCAUGUGGAUCAUGCAGUGAUUUAGAUUUGUAAAGUUUUUUGUUCUUUUUUGGGGGGUUCUUGGUACGUUUAAGAAGAUAACACAAGAUCACACAAACUCUUUAUCAGCAUAUUCUGUCCAUAGGCAAGCAUUCAUCUUCACACACAGGGUUGCAAGAUUGUUAGGGAGCAACUGCAAAACAUUUUACAUUUGUAAAUAUCUAUUGAGAUGAUGCUGAUGUACAUUUCUAUGUCUAGAGAGUGGCACAUUUAAAUGAAGUGGAGUUUUAUGUUUAUCAUCAUAGCACAGUAUUUAUCCUUAUGUAAAUCACUUUGCACUGUUUUGAACCCGUCCUAAACUGUGUUUGCGGUUUUCAGGAAGGCAUUGUCAUGGUCAAAAUCAGGAAUCGUCAGUGUGAAGAUCAGUAACUGAUCAUUGAUUGUUGAAAAGUAAUUACCUCUUUCUUUUUUUUAUUUUCACAAGACUCACAAAUCUGUGGUAAUUUAUCAAUUUAUACUUUUUUUAUUCCAAUGCACAUGCAGUAUAUUAAGUGUUGAGCUUUUCUAAUGAUGUGCCUUAACCAUAUUUUUGUAUCCAUGUUUUUAUGAAGCAUUGAUUUGUCUUUACAGCUGAAGAGAUUUUGCUGGUAUUGAUCCCACUCACUUCAGGAAAGCUUUUUCUGUAUAGUUUGGUAGCUUGGUUAAGACAAGGAUGGCCUAACAUUGCUGUACAAAAGAUAACUGUGGAGAACAAAAACACCACUGAUGAACAUAUUUGUACAAUAAAUAAAGUAAU